UUUGAAAGUCAGAAACUGACGAUACGAGAUAUCUCAUCUCUGUUUCUCUCAACUUGAAAGCACCUGUUUGUUUGCACGAUAAGAAGGCCGGAGACUAUGUCGUCUGUCUCGCCACCAAGUCUGACAAGCAAAAUCUGCUGCGUGUGCAAUGAACCGGCUGAAUGUCAGUGUCCUUGUGGGUCGAAGCGGUUCUAUUGCUCGACAGAGUGCCAGUAUUCUGACAACGCAUCCGGUCUUUGCACACAGUCGUAUCACUGGAAUGAGGUGCACCGAUACGAUCCCGUGCAUUGUGGUCGUUCACAAGAUAGCAAGGAAGAAUAUGGAUCACCUCAAAACGAGGCAUACGUACAACCGAAUGAGUCGCGCGACAAUCUAGAAGGGCAAACCUAUCAAAGAGGUAGUGAUUUAGACGAGCCGAGUGUACUGCAACAGAAGUUGGCUGCUAUCGCACGAAAUCGGAAUGGCGAGAGAGAUAUGAGUUCGGAGCCAGGCAGAGGCUCAGACACAGAACGGCUGCAGCAAGACAAUGUAGGUGACAGUAUAGCGGAUACUCAGGCGGCUACUGACAAAACACGAAGAAACGUGCAUGAACAAACAGAUCGGGAGAUGUUCCUAUCUGAUAAAGAGGAAGAGAUUGCACCUGGUGACGAAACUUCGGAUGGUCCACCAGACUUGAUAGAUUUUGACGGAGCUUAUACGUCUGCUACCGUCAUGCGGCGGCGCGAGGACGGUUUGGCAUCACCUAUGAGCGACGCCGACCGACGUACCCAGCUGCCGAAAGAGAAUAGCGACAAUCGAUUGAGUGAGAGUUCAAGACACAAGCACGUCAAAGGCGCGGAGCACUGGGUCAUGAGUACUUGGACAUGCUGUGGUAAGACGCAUAAAACUGGGCCGCAGAUUAUUAGCCACGCGGUCUCGCACGCGACAAAUUGGGCGCCAAUGGCAGAAGCGAGGGAUGGGCUCACUAGGAAGGAACGUGGCAAUAACAUUGCACAAACACGGUUGCUGAGCAAACUAAAAACUGAUCUGGUGGGGGCUGAGGCGGACGGUGUGCACACAGCCAAUGUCGCGGGUGGGAGGUCCCGGAAGGCCAGGCGUGCAUACAGGUAUAAUGUGGCACCGAGGAGCCGUUUAAUUAGCACGAAUGAUGUGGAUGGGCAAACGAAUCACAUAGUGGCCGAAACGAAUCACACAGUGGCUGAAACGAACGCCGGUGCAGUGGACCACGCAAACGACAAUGAAGAUACCGCCAGGAGCUUGCGCAACGGUCGCAUACACUCAAAUUCGGAUGUUGUGGUGAAUGAUGCGGAGGAACCUCUGUCGAGUCGACCGGGAAGUCCACAACUAGUGUCCUUGCUUAAACAUAGUUGUUCGAAUACUGGAUGCGAGAAGAAAUUCGGCACCAUGUCCGACUUGAAGAUUCAUUCUCGCGUGUGCGAUUUUGCGGAAGCUGACGAGAGACCGAAUAAGAAGAGCGUGAGUGCAAAGCUCGCCUGUAAUAGAUGUAACAGGCUGUUUACGCGACCAGUUAAUCUCAGCCAGCAUGUGAGGUCGUGUGAUGGACUUGGAGCAAGGAAAAUAAAAUCCAAACGAGAUCACAAGCGCGAGAAUCGCUCACGGUCACGGGCACGCAAGCGAGAGAAACGCGCCAACGCGCUGCCGAGCUCGUCCUUGACAAAUGAGGCUGACGGGGAACACAUGAAGGAGGACCAAGAGGAUUCAGAAGACCGAUGGUUUACUGUAGAGCCGUAUUUUUCGGAAGACCAGUAUACAGUGGACGAGCAGGCGUAUGAGAAGGAUUUAGAAGCACUUACCAAGGUUACAAGUAUCAAAGUGACCUCCCCACAGCCCCCCUCGCCUCCACAACCCGUGCAGAGCUACACUACACGGCCCAGCAAUGAAGAGAAGCUCUUGACGGUAUGUAGCUGGCCGAAUUGCGGGAAAACCUUUUCCAGACCGAGCGAUCUUAAGAAACAUUACUAUCGCCACACAGCGAAUUACCCCUUUCCCUGUCCCGUGGAAGGAUGCUCUAUGAGCUAUCAGGCAAGCGGCAGUUUGACGGUUCACCUACGCACACACAAAAUGGAUGCCGAGGGAAGAUACGUGUAGUACAAAUACAAUAAACUGUAACACAUAUAGCAGGACUUGUACUAUUAAAAGAAUAGGCUUCAGAUU